AUGUUCGGGCUGGGAUCCCUAUUAUCAUUCUUCUUCGUCUUCGCGACAUGUCUCGCCCACCCUGGUAGUCUUGCCAAUAGGGCUAUGGUCACCCCGCCCAGUGCAGACCCCUUCUACAAACCCCCAUCAGGAUAUGAGAACACAGAACCAGGAACCAUCCUACGACACCGAAGGGUAACCAACCCGAUAGCCCUAAUUGACCCCAUAAAGCUCAAACUGGCGGCUGCCUACCAGAUAUUGUACCGAUCCACCGACAACUGGGCAAACGCCACAGCAACAGUCACCACAGUCCUUGUCCCAGAAAAUGCGAACACCUCGAGACUCCUGUCGUAUCAGAUUCCAGAGGAUUCAUCUUCCGUCGACUGCGCUCCAUCAUACAUCCUACAAACCGGCAUAGACGACAGCGAUAUCCUUUCCAAAACGGGAAUCCAGAGCCAUACGGUUCUUUUCCGAGCGGCGCUAGAAAAGGGCUGGAUUGUGAGUCUGCCGGAUCAUGAGGGUCCCAAGGCCGCCUUCUUGGCGAAUCGUCGCGCUGGACAUGCAGUUCUGGAUGGCAUUAGAGCCGUCCUUGGCUCUUCAGGUUUCACUACGGUCUCUCCCAACGCAUCCGUGGCUAUGUGGGGUUAUUCCGGAGGAAGUCUGGCAACCGGAUUCGCCGCUGAACUCCAGACAACCUACGCUCCCGAUCUAGACAUGAUCGUUGGCGCAGCGCUUGGAGGGCUUAUCGGCGAUAUUGAGGUCGUCACAUAUACAGUUAACAAGGGUCCGUUUGUGGGGCUAAACUUCGGGGGCAUCAACGGCAUAGCGCAUGAAUACCCCGACAUCGCGGCAUUGUUUGAGGAGCAGCUCGUCGAAAGCAAAAAGGCAAAGUUUUACGAUGCGAACCACAACUGUUUCUUGGCAAAUAUCAUUAAAUACCCCUUCCAGGAUCUUUUCUCCUACUUCAAGGAUCCCAGCAUCCUUAGUUAUCCUCAGAUGCAGCAGGCCUUAAAGGAUAACAACCUCGGACAGAAUCCGCCUAAAAUGCCGAUUUUCGUGUACAAGGGCGCUCUUGAUGAGAUUAGUCCUGUCAGCUCUACGGAAGUUGUUGUGUCGCAGUAUUGUGCUGGCGGCACAGUGGUUAACUAUAAGAAUGUCUUGACGCACGAGCAUAUACUUCUGCAGCUAGAUGGGUUUCUGGAAGCGUUUACUUGGCUAGAAAAGAGGAUGGAUGGCGAGGCUAUGGAAACUGAUUGUUCGCGGACUGAUGAACUGUUACCGAUCUCCGAGCCGGGCAGUCUGGGUGUAGUAGUGCCUACCGUUGAGGGUGUCGUUAGUGAUGUGGUCGGCACGGUUCUCGGUUAA